AUGUCUCGUAUCCGCCAGACAAAGCUUGGUGUCGGGGCGUUCGACGUCCCUCCAUUGGACACCGGCGCUUCAUCGCAUUCGCAUUUGCGUGUCACUCGGCUGGGUGAUUCUUCAACAUCAAUUCCAAGCCAGCAGUUUUUUCCGGUGCAAGCCGUCACCAUGGGGCGAACGUCUUUCGAGGAUCAGCCUCAAGUAGAGUCGAUCCAACUCGACUCGACAACAGCCGGGAAUUCCUCGCCUUCUCCAGACUCCAUCUACCCAAAUGUCCCCUCGGAACACGAACAUGAAGGAGUCUCGUUUCCUCCCGUCGACACGGGUAAAGAUGCGAUGCUGUUCUUGACGGCUUGCUUCAUCGUUGAGUGUCUUGUCUGGGCAUUGUCUCUCUCUGGACUAGGUUUCCCCUUUGCCUUUGGUAUUUUCCAAAACUACUACAGCACUCACGAGCCGUUCAAAGGCUCUUCUAGUAUUGCCGCAAUCGGUACAACUGCAAUGGGAACCAUGUACCUCACCGCUCCCCUUGUUUUCCCUCUCAUGAGGUUGUAUCCCAAGCAAAACCGAUAUAGUCCCCUUGUAGGCCUCCUCAUCAUGUGUGCGGCUCUGGCACUGAGCUCUUUCGCACAGACUGUCUGGCACCUAAUCCUAACCCAAGGUGUACUCUUCGCCAUCGGCGGCUCGAUCAGCUACGGCCCCUGCAUCCUGUACAUGGACGAGUGGUUUGUCAAGCGCAAGGGAUUAGCCUGGAGCGGUUUGGGUGGAUUCGCAAUUCCAUUGCUGCUCGAGUUCUUGCUGGGACGAUACGGACUACGAACCACACUUCGCAUCUGGGCCGUUGCGCUUUUUGUGUUGACGAUGCCCGUGGUGUACUUUGUAAAGCCCCGACUCCCGGUCACCGCCAAAUCAAACUACAACCCAUUCAGGCUGGGCUUUCUGCUUGACCGCUCGUUCCUGAUGUAUCAAGCAGCAAACAUUGUCGAAGCCUUGGGAUUCUUCAUGCCCGGCCUCUACCUACCGUCGUACGCCAGCUCGAUCCUCGGCUCCGAGGCAUUCCCCGCCGCGUUGACUAUCCUGGCCGUCAACGUGGCGUCUGUGUUUGGGUGCAUCGCCAUGGGAGUCUUUGUUGAUCGAUUUCACCCUACUACGUGCAUCAUGAUUUCGACGGUGGGCACGGUGAUCGGAACAUUCUUGCUGUGGGGAUUUGCGACCAACAUGGCCGUCCUGUACAUCUUUUGCGUCAUAUACGGCUUCUUCGCCGGGUCUUAUACGUCUACUUGGACCGGUGUGAUCAAGCAGGUUACAUCUAAGCCGAGCCAGCCAGGCACUGCGAAUGCGGGAUCUGCGUUUGACCCAGUCAUGGUCUUUGGGUAUCUCGCAGCUGGCCGAGGCAUUGGCAAUGUUGUAUCCGGACCUUUGAGCGAGGCCUUGGUCAAGGGCAUGGCGUGGCAGGGACAGGCCGCCGGCGGCUAUGGGAGCGGUUACGGCCCGGUCAUUGCUUUUACAGGAGCCACGGCCGUGAUUGGGGGCACGUCUUUCUUGUGGAAGCGCAUCGGAUGGAUGUGA